AUGAAUAAACAGGUUCAUUGUGUCUCAGCAGCAUCAGUAACAUUUGUUAAACUUCUAGGUGUUGAUCUGUGUCAAACUCUGGACCAUGGCUGCCAACACCUAUGUUUCAGCACCACUGACUCCUACAUCUGUAAAUGUAAUGAGGGAUUCCUGCUGGCUGAAGAUGGGAAAAGCUGUGAAAAACCAGGGUGUCACGACGGAGUCAUGGAUUUGGUGUUCGUGAUCGAUGGCUCCAAGAGUUUGGGCCCCGCCAACUUUGAGCUGGUCAAGCAGUUCGUGAACAGCAUCGUGGACUCGCUGAACGUCUCCAGGAUGGUCACGCGCGUCGGACUCAUCCAGUUCUCCACCAAGGUGCGCACAGAGUUUUCUUUGGGCCAGCACGCCGUGGCGCAGGACGUCAAGAGGGCCGUGAGCCAGAUGCAGUACAUGGGGAGGGGCUCCAUGACCGGCUCAGCGCUGCGCCACAUGUUCCAAUUCAGCUUUUCGGAGAAAGAAGGCGCCAGGUUGAACGUCCCGCGCGUCUGCAUCGUGUUCACCGAUGGACGGUCGCAGGAUGAUGUUUCCGAGUGGGCCAGCAAAGCAAAGACCGCUGGGGUGACAAUAUACGCACUGGGAGUUGGGAAGGCCAUUGAACAGGAGCUGAGGGAAAUUGCUUCGGAGCCUGCUGAGAUGCACCUCUAUUACGCAGAGGACUUUGAGAAAAUGGGAGAAAUUACAAAGAAACUGAAGUCAAGGAUGUGUAAAGACAAACCGGCAGAUGAAAGCUUGUGUCGGUGUGAGAGCAUGAUCGUGUUUCAGAACCAAGUGACAGAGAAGCUGAAGAACCUGGCUCAGAAUAUUGAAGCGAUGUCAAAGAAGCUGGAGACUCUGGAGAAUCAAGUGGUGAACAAAUGAAAUUCUGGCGCUGCUUGGUUCUGACGGGAUCGUCCUCAACUCUUGAUGCUGUUUAUCGUCUCGCAGUACAAUGUGACAUUUAUCCGUUAGGUGGUUCUGUUUUACAUCCUAUAUCUCAGCAUGUCUGUAUUUGUGGGUCAUACAUUAGCUCAAAUAGAAACCUUAUCUUCUAAUGAAACAAGCAGCAUUGCGUUUUAAAAUGCAAUGCUGUUAUAGGUGGAGGUUUAUAUUUUUAAAUGAAAUCAAGUUUCAUUUUCAGAUCUAUUAAAAAUUUCAUUUUGGUCCUUCUAAUGGCCCCUUUGCUGCAAAGAUUACUUAAAAUCUAAAUUUUAUCAGAUGCACAGGAAGCUAUAUUAGCUAUAAAAACUUAACGUGAGACAUUUAAACUCAAACAUAUGAAAAAUACAUAAUCUAUUCAUUGAUUCUACUUUACUAAUAAGUAAAUCUGCACAAGAUAUAUAAAAAACAAAAGCAUCUCCAGUUUUGUGUUCUGGUUAAUAUUACACUGACCUCCCAAACUGGAUGAAAACAGCAUUAAUUUGGUACUAGAUAUAUCCAGAUGACAUUGACUAACAACUGUCUGGAAUUUUUAUGGGAUCUUUUUAGCCAUCAUUAUCCUGGUCAUCAGUGUCUGCCACCCUGCACAAAACCAAACACACUAAGGCGGUCCAAAGUCCAGGGAAGAAUUAAAAAUUCUCUUUUUGUGUGGUUUCAUAAAUAAAACAAUAUUUUCAUGCAAUCUGUUUUUAAAAUCUGACCAGUCCAUUAAUUUUGGAUUGGAGAUGUUCAAAAGUUGUCCAAACUCCUUUAACAUAUCUAUGUAGCUCCUUGUUUUAGCAGAGAACCAAGAACUUCAAAUCAGACACCAACUUCAGCUCAUCAGCCACCAAUGUAUUUUACAUUGGUGUAAUAUGUGAGGCCCCAGGGGCCAAUUAUGGCUUUGACAUAUUUUAGAUCUUCAAUAAUAUACACAGUUCAUUAAAAAAAAGGUGUUUAUUGUUGAGCAGGUGAAACUAAAAAAAAAGUUCUGGUAAACUAAUUUUUUGCAUUUUUAUUGUUUUGAUUUUGGCUCCUGGGAAUAAAAGUUUGAACACCACUGACUGGACAUGCAAUAAACAGUAGAAUACUAGAUCAGAACAUAUGACUACAUUAAUUUGUUCCUCCCUCAUGCUGCCCCCUGAGCCCAUGCCACCCUGGGCAGACAGCCAAGAUGGCAUGGUUUUUCAACUGAAGUGCUCUUCCACUUUAAACACUUUAUUUGUGAAGAAAGUUGACUAUAUUAUUGCAGAUUGUACAGCAUACUGAUGAAUAAACAUUUAAAUAUCUGAA